AUGAGGCUUGGUCCAUACUUCUGUCAGCCUGUAAUUGCGGGAUUGGGAGAUGAAGACAAGCCAUUCAUCUGCACUAUGGAUUCAAUUGGAGCCAAAAUACAUUUGCUUGACUCUUCAUCAACUGGACCUUUGUUUGAACAGAGAGCAACAACUUCUGUCUAUGAUGGAGAAUCCAACUGCCCUGAGCAUGAAAAGCAAGAGCAAGUGGCAGAUGGCAGAGUAGAUGACUUAUUGCCAAAUGUGGAAAGGCCUCAACUAGUAAGACAAGGUCAAGUUCAAGAGGCAGUUGAUGAAUUGCAUACCCCAGAAGGAUGUCAAAAUGGAGCUUCAUGUCUUGAUUGUCAGGCGGAGGAGGGCCAAAAGUUAUCCAGUGUUUCGCAUAAUUUUGAUGGUGAUGACAUAAAUGAACAGAAUUACCGCACAGAACCUUGCCUAACCUCUGGCAAUGGUCAUCUGAUUGUAGAUAGCAGGGAAAGUGAAUUGCCAAACAACAUUUGGGAAGGAGAGUCAUAUCAUAUCUUUGAGAGCCUACGUGGCUAG